AUGGAAGUGGGAAAUCGCACCAUCCUGACAGAAUUCAUCUUGGUGGGCUUCUCAGCAAAUCCCCGAUGGCAGCUGAUUCUAUUUGGAAUAUUUCUCACACUCUACUUGUUAACUUUGUCAGGGAACAUGACCUUGGUUAUCUUAAUUCGGAUAGAUUCUCGACUACGUACACCUAUGUACUUUUUCAUUGGCAAUCUGUCUUUUCUUGAUUUCUGGUAUACCUCAGUGUAUACUCCCAAAAUCCUGGCCACCUGUGUCUCAGAAGACAAACGCAUUUCUUUGGCUGGAUGUGGGGCUCAGCUGUUCUUUUCCUGUCUUGUAGCCUACACUGAGUGCUAUCUGCUGGCAGCCAUGGCCUAUGACCGCCAUGUUGCAAUUUGUAACCCCUUGCUCUACUCAGGCGUUAUGUCCUCCUCUCUCUGUACUGGGCUUGUGGCUGGCUCCUACAUAGGAGGGGUUCUGAAUGCCAUAGCUCAUACUGCCAACACCUUCCGUCUGAGUUUCUGUGGUAAAAAUGUCAUCGAUCACUUUUUCUGUGAUGCACCACCAUUGGUAAAAAUGUCCUGUACAGAUACUCGUGUCUAUGAAAAUGUUCUCCUGGGUGUGGUGGGAUUCACAGUCCUCUCCAGCAUUCUCGCCAUUCUCAUUUCCUAUUUCAACAUCCUCCUGGCUAUCCUGAGGAUCCGCUCAGCCCAGGGGAGGCGCAAGGCAUUCUCCACCUGUGCCUCCCAUCUGGUCUCAGUCAUGCUCUUCUAUGGAUCCUUGCUCUUCAUGUAUUCACGGCCUAGUUCCACCUACUCCCUGGAGAGAGACAAGGUGGCUGCCUUGUUCUACACUGUGGUAAACCCACUGCUCAACCCUCUCAUCUACAGCCUGAGGAACAAAGAUGUCAAAGAGGCCUUCAAGAAAGCAAUGCAGACAAUACGACCACAAGCAUAA